CCCGGCUGAGCCAAACCAAGGUCAGCGGACCCCAGCAUCCCUGGCAUCGCUCGCUCUCUGCGCGCAUCGCGUACCUACACCGCAACCCGUGCCUCACUCUCUCGGGUACCCUGCGUGGAUCCUCCUGCUGCAAAGCCGCCAUGCCUAUCACUCGGAUGCGAAUGAGACCCUGGCUAGAGAUGCAGAUUAAUUCCAACCAAAUUCCGGGGCUGAUCUGGAUUAAUAAAGAAGAGAUGAUCUUCCAGAUCCCAUGGAAGCACGCUGCCAAGCAUGGUUGGGACAUCAACAAGGAUGCCUGUCUGUUCCGGAGCUGGGCCAUUCACACAGGCCGAUACAAAGCAGGGGAAAAAGAGCCAGAUCCCAAGACGUGGAAGGCCAACUUCCGUUGUGCCAUGAACUCCCUGCCAGACAUCGAGGAAGUGAAGGACCAGAGCAGGAACAAGGGCAGCUCGGCUGUCCGAGUGUACCGGAUGCUGCCACCCCUCACCAAGAACCAGAGGAAAGAGAGAAAAUCCAAGGCCAGCCGAGACACUAAGAGCAAGGCCAAGAGGAGGCUGUGUGGGGACUCCAGCCCGGACACCUUCUCCGACGGACUCAGCAGCUCCACUCUGCCUGAUGACCACAGUAGCUACACAACUCAGGGCUACCUGGGUCAGGACUUGGAUGUGGAGCGGGACCUUACUCCAGCUCUGUCACCCUGUGUCGUCAGUAGCAGUCUCCCCGACUGGCACAUGCAGAUGGACAUUAUGCCAGACAGCACCAGCGAUCUGUAUAACUUGCAGGUGUCGCCCAUGCCUUCCACCUCUGAAGCUACCACAGAUGAGGACGAGGAAGGAAAGUUAACUGAGGACAUCAUGAAGCUCCUGGAGCAGUCCGAGUGGCAGCCCACAAGCGUAGACGGCAAAGGCUACUUGCUCAAUGAGCCAGGGGCCCAGCCCUCUUCUGUCUACGCCGACUUUAGCUGCAAGGAGGAGCCGGAGAUUGACAGCCCCGGAGGGGACAUUGGGAUGGGCAUACAGCGUGUCUUCACAGAUCUGAAGAAUAUGGACUCCAUCUGGAUGGACAACCUGCUGACCCACUCUGCCAGGCUGCCCAUUUCAGCCAUCCCCUGUGCGCCGUAGUUUGGGUCCCUGACCCAUUCUUGCCCUUCUGGAUGAGCAAGGCCUGGCAUCAUGGUGGCUGUGAUACUGAAAAGCUAGACUACUGUGGGCACCUUGACAUGGCAAAGCGUAGCCCCACUGCCAAGCAGGGAAAAGACUACUACCCUCCUUGGGCCAGUGGACUCUCAGGGCUUGGAAGACCAGGGUCUGAGUUUUCCUUGUGAGGUAACGCUGGCCCUAACUCCCGGGAAGAUGGAGUUGGGGUUAUGAGAUUGGUGUAAGGUGGAGGACAUGAAAGCCUUGUUGCCUGGAGAGGGUCUUGUCACUGGGCCGGCCCUGAGGGAAACAGGCCAGUGACCUCAGAAAGAGCACAGCCCUGACCCCAGGGCUGGCUCUGUACUAGGAGACAAUUGCACUAAGUGAGUCCUGUUCCCAAAGAAUUGCUGCCCUUCCCAGCCGAGCCCUGGGAUGGUUCCAGAGCCAGUGAAAUGUGAAGGAAAAAAAAUGGGGUCCUGUGUGGCCGGGCUCCGUUAGCCUCAGAGGAGCUCCGCCUCGCUACCUGCCCCAGCUGUGGGGCUCAGGAAAAAACUUGGCACUUUCUCUGUGGACCUUGCCGCAUUUCUGAUCAGAGGUGUACACUAACAUUUCUCCCCAAGUCUAGGCCUUCUUCCCGUUUAUUUAUACAGUGCCUUGCCUGGUGCCCACCGUCUUCUCAGGCCUUGGCAGAGCUCAGCGAGCCCAGGGAGGGGGCUGUGAGCGCCUUGGCGUGACUCUGACUGUUGGAAAUGCCACCUAACUACUAAAUUGUGUUUGAUCACAUAUGGAUCGGUGUAAAUAUGUAUAUUUGUCUUUUUAUAAAAAGUUAAUUGUUUACAAGG